AUGGACCUGCAAACGGUACACAACAGCCACCAGCGCCAGGAGACCCAACAAGUGGCGGCGUCGAGGGAGGUGGCGCAAGUUGUGGCGGCGGCGGAGGCGAAGUCUGGCCCCGAGUCACUCCUGCUGAGGGGGAAACUACGCCAGUAUGCCUCAGACAUGACCCCUUUCCCCCUCCCCCCCUCCCUCCCCCUCACCGCCACCAUAGGGCUCCUCGGACUCACGGUGUUCGCUCGAUGGACACCGAACAAAUCCUCCUCCCUCUCCCGCUCCUCCCGCUCCUCCACCUCCUCCUCUUCCUCCUCCUCCUCUUCCAAGUCUCUCUUCCCUCCAGACAAAUUCCUCCACCGGUCAACCUCCACCACCUCCUUCUCCAGCCCCUCCUCUUCCUCCUCCUCCUCCUCCUCUUCCUCCACUACUCUUGUCCUUCAUCCUCUCGAUAUCCACUUUUUGGGUGACCCGUAUGGUCCACCUGCACCCACCCCCUCCACCGGGCACCCACACAAGGAGUCCACACCCUCAGGUCACCCACACCCACUGCACCCACCGCCCUCACCCUGCACAGCCUCCUCGCCUCAUCCACUCACCCAAAUGCCAACAUCCAGUGCGUCAGAGAACACAAAACGACCUUCGAGUCUAUGGAAGAACGAACUGCCCCUCGCCACUUCCCUCCCGCCCACGCCUUCCUCGCCCCCCGCCCCCCUCAGCAGCCUGCCCAAGAUCCAGGUGUGCGGGCGUGGGGGCGUGUGGUGGGCGCUCAACGCGGGGGUGCUGCUGCUGUAUCGAGACCUGCACGCGCGUGGUCUCUGCAGCAGCGUGAGGGCCGAGACGGUGCCGCUUUUCAAGGUGCCCGAGCCAUUGCAGCGUGCCAUGGUGCUCGACGGGGAGGACAUACCUGAGACGGACGCCCUACUGCCAGGUACGCCCACGCCCAAACCCACACCCACACCGGUUUCCUCUUGUGGACGCUACGACGAUAUUCUAAGUAACAAGAUUAGUGCAAGAUUGUCAGACUAG